UUGCAAAACAUUUUGUAGUGACGUCAUCCCGGAAUCGGCUUAAGAUGGCGCCUGUCGGUGAGAAGAAAGAUGAAAUAUUAGUGAUGAAUGGUACCAAAGAUGAUAAUAAUGGACAAAAUAUAUGGUCUACUAUAUUAAGUCAAGUUCAAGCAAGUUCUCCUAAUAAAUUACCAUCUAAUAAAUUAUUAUUAGUAUUAGGUGAUAAUGAAUCUGGAAAGACUUCACUGAUUGCUAAAUUGCAAGGCAACGAUGAUCCUAAAAAAGGAUCUGGAUUAGAAUAUCAUUAUAUCUAUAUCAGAGAUGAAUACAGAGAUGAUCAUACACGUUUGGGAGUAUGGGUUGUGGAUGGAGAUCCAUGGCACAGAAAUCUUUUAAAAUUUGUAUUAAAUGAUGAAACACUUCCUCAUACAACUGUUCUCCUUACUGCUUCUAUGACACAACCAUGGAAUAUUUUGGAAUCAUUACAGAAUUGGGCACUUAUCUUGGAUGAACAUAUUGAUAGAUUAAGAUUACCUCAAGAAAUUUUAGAACAACACAGACAAAGAAUCUUAAAGAGAUUUCAAGAUUAUAUUGAACCUGGUGAUGAAAUAGAAGGUGUUACUUCUCCUCUUAAACGAACAUUUAAUUUUGGUGAAGAAGAUUCUUUAUUAACUCUUGGAGAAAAUACAUUAAUUCAGAAUCUUGGAAUUGAUAUUGCUGUCAUCAUUACAAAGACAGAUUAUAUGUCAGUUCUUGAAAAAGAUUAUGAUUAUAAAGAAGAACAUUUUGAUUUCAUUCAACAAGCUAUAAGAAAAUUUUGUCUUCAAUAUGGAGCAUCGUUAUUUUAUGUAUCUGUAAAAGAAGAUAAAAAUUGUGAUCUUUUAUAUAAUUAUCUAGUCCAUAGGAUAUAUAAUUUUCCAUUUAAGACACCAGCAUUGGUAGUUGAAAAGGAUGCCAUAUUCAUUCCAUCCGGAUGGGACAAUGACAAAAAAAUAGCCAUUUUAUAUGAAAAUUUAGUAUCUGUUAAACCAGAUGAUUCUUAUACAGAUGUUAUUAGCAAACCAAUUACAAGAAAGCCAAUGCAAAGGGAGAGUGAAGUAACUUCAGAAGAUGAUCAGCUAUUUCUUAGUAAACAACAAAGUUUACUUGUACAACAAGUUCCACCAACUGGAAGACCACAAGAGUCACCUAUUAGAAGUCCUGCUGGUGUUCAAAAAACAGCUGAUAGGAGGUUAUCAGGGUCACCAGGUGUUCAAGCAUCUCCAAAAAAAAUGGAAGGUAUGAAGAGUGCAGCAGGAAGUGAAGGAGUCUUGCAAAACUUUUUUAAUAGCCUGUUAAAUCGAAAAACAGGUCCAACUGCUACCACAGGAUCUGCUGUUAGAUCUCCUGCCUUAGCAUGGAAUAGUUUACCAGAUAAAAGUGCUGUAAGAAAUGAUGCAGCUGCAGAAUUAGACCGAAUGACAAGAAUGAAAAAACCCAUCUCUCCUGCCCAUUCAAAUGUAGAAGGAAGUUCAUCAUCCCCAGCAGAUGAUUCAAGUAAUCCAUCUUCCUAGGAAAUAUAUUUUGAUUUUUUAAUAUUGCAAAGCUUAUUUGUUAAGGGGCCAGCUUAAAGGCAGCUGAAAAUAAUGUGAUGAACUGAUAAAAAUGGACAAUAGUUUUGAUUGUCCAAAUUAUCCUUUCCUUAUAAACAUUAGUGUCAAUCACAGAUGUAAAGUGCUGCUCUUUGUGAGAAGGAAUUUUGGAUAAACAAGUGAUAAUUGUGAUUGGCUUAAAAACUUAUUUUGGAAUUAAAAGUUUGUUUUGGCCAAAAGAUUGCUGAUGUAUAUAUAUGAACAAAUAGUAUAAAGAAUCACUCAAAAAGUUUGUAUGUUCUCUCUAGCACUUUUCAUAUAAGAUUAUCUUUUUAAAAAGAUUAACUUUUUGUGUACAUUAAUUAAUUAGUACUAAUUUUAAAUAUAAGUUGUAAAUCUGUUUAAAACUAUGCAUGGUAUAUAGCUUUAUGAGAUCAAAGAUUUUACACAAAAAUAAUGUUUCUUCUAUUUCAUGAAAAGAAAUAUAUGUCACUUCUUAUAAAUAAUUUAUUGACUCGUAAAGAAAGAAAGAAAAAAAAAAAUGGCAAUUGAGAAUAAUAUGGAGAAUCUUUCAUAAAUUGACCAGAAAAUGAUUUUGGUGAUAAUUUUUAAAAGAGAGACUGUUUGUAUAAAAUUUAGUAUAAAUCUGUAAAAAAAAAAA